UUCUAUCAAGCUUUCAUGUUAGUUGUCUUUUUUGUUACAGAGUACAGACUGAACAGAAAUGACAACAGCAGCUCGUCCAACAUUUGAACCGGCCAGAGGUGGUAGAGGGAAAAAUGAAGGGGAUCUCAGUGCCCUGUCCAAACAGUACUCAAGUCGAGAUUUACCAGCGCACACCAAAAUCAAAUACAGACAGGAAGGACAAGGUACAACAGAGGAACUUAGAGGCCGUGAUUUCAGAAGAGAUUUAGAUGAGAGGGAAAGAACUGUCAGAGAGAAGCGGGAUAGAAACAGGGAAUCAGGCAGCAGUAAGAGGCCUCGCCUAGAUCAGGUUCCUGCAGCUAACUUAGAUGCAGAUGACCCAGUCGAUGAAGAGGAUGAGGAUGAGUCUUCUGAUGAUGAAGAUGACACAGCUGAGUUAAUGGCCGAACUCCAGAAAAUCAAGAAGGAACGAGCCAAUGAAAAAGCAAGAAUGGAUGCAGAGAAGAAAGCAGAGGAGGAGAGAAUUAGAACCGAGAAUAUUCUGAAGGGGAAUCCCCUACUAAACCAGCAGGAGAAAAAUGCCACAGAUUUCAAAGUCAAGCGAAGGUGGGACGACGAUGUUGUGUUUAAGAACUGUGCUAAAGGAGAAGACGAUAAAAAAAAGAGUGCAUUCAUUAAUGACACCCUGAGAUCAGAAUUCCACAAAAAAUUCAUGGAGAAAUAUGUGAAAUAAAUUGAAUCUCUAUGUGAAUAAGAAGACAUAAAGAGCUAAAAUUACAAAGUACAGCAGCUGAUUUGUUCUGUGAGGUCUUCUUUGAAUGGCUAGAGAAUCUUAUGUGUGUCAAAACAGAGUGACCGGUAAAUGGAGGACUAAGAACAUGUCACAUUGCUUGAAGGAACACAGAAUCCUACAGGCUUUUGAAAGAUGGUCUCUUUCAGUUAAUAACAUAUUACUUUAUCAAUAUGAAAUGUAUAGACUAAAAAAAAUUGUUGUCUUACAUGUUUCCGAUGAAAGUAGCAUAUGAGUUUAAGGACCCACUCAAGGCAAUUCUUUCAAGCAAACUGUGUGUAAGCACUAUUUUGGAAAUUUUCUAUUUUUUUUCAUAUUAUCAAAACACAAAUUUGCUGUUACAAGUGUGUUUCUUUAAAAAAAAAAACCCCAUUCAUAUCGAUGGAGAAAAUGCUUUUUCAGUUUUACUUGCAGUAGCCCUAUAAACAACAUAGGUAUAAAAUUAAUCCUACUAAAAAAAGUAAUUUUAAUGUAAUUUAAGGCACAUUUCAAAAAUAUGAUUAGAAAUAUUUAUAAGUUGUGAAUUGACAGCAGAGCUGUUUUAAAAAUUGAUAUUUCUUGCAUUUUAAAACUUGGUAUUGAUAUGUUAAUUAAGCUUUAUACAAAUACUUCAUGAAUCAGAAAAUCUGACCAAUUUCUGGUUGUCUAGUAGUCAGGUAUCUUUUUUUUAACUGUAUGAUCACUUAUGCUUUUACAAUUUGUUCAUUUUUAAAAUCAGUUUCAUAUAAAUGUGUGAUUAUAAUAUUUGUAAUAAUAAAACUUGAUAAUAUUGUGAGAUUGGCAUCAUUUUGUUUUUG